AUGGCACUACAGGAAGUGGCGGUGACGGUGGCAGGAAACAGGAAGUGUGAGUGCCGGUUGAAGGACACACUCCAGGUGGACAUAACUCCCAGCAUGCUCUGCGCUGGAGGGGUUACGGGGAAAGGGGCAUGCCAUGGAGACUCAGGGGGUCCCCUCCAGUGUCGGCUGGGCUCUGUGUGGGUGCUGGCGGGGGUGACCAACUUUGGCAUCCCCUGUGCCACGGGUGUGGCCCCCGACGGUUACGCCCGCGUGUCGGCGUUUGAGCCGUGGAUCAGAGACACCGUGCGCCACUCGGACGUGGGCUUCGUCCACUUCACCUCAAACAGACCUGACGAGGACCGAAACUUCAACUGCAACCGCACUAACAAUCUGUUCUAUUCUUCAGGACGUGAAGGCACUGUAAAACUUCCUGAGCAGAACGGAAGUUCUCCCGCCAUCUUCCUGGAGGGCACAUUCAAAUAUUUCGGCCUUGUUUAUGGACAGAUAUUUCUGAACAACGACUGCUAUCUGACCUUUGAUGGGUCCACACCUCUGGAGCCUCCCAGCAGUUUCCCUGCACACUCCAACAUGGACGUCAUCGCCCCGCUGUGGGCAAACUUAGACAAAAGGGUUCGAGGAACCAUCUCUUACCAGCAGGUCACUAAUGGCUCCAUUCUACACCUGGCCACUAGGGACAUAAACGAGUACUUCCCGCACCUCAACUUCUCUGCUUCCUGGGUGUUCAUCGCUUCCUGGGGGAAGGUUGCGCUCUCCUCCCAGCCAGAGUCAGGCGUGUCUGCCCAGCUGGUCUUGGUGUCUGAUGGGGAUCUGUCUUUUGUCCUGAUGAACUAUGGAGACAUAGAGACAGCCAACGCCCGGGCUGGCUAUGACACCGCCGGAUCCUCGCACUACUUUUGGGUUCCCGUGGAAACGACCUCAGAGCUCCAGCACACCAGCAACGUGUUCACUCCAGGCCGCUGGGUGUUCCGUGUCGAUGGAGGCGAUGUGACCAGUGGCCACAGCCGGGCUACAGCUGACGAGUGCGGCGUCUCGGCGAAGCCCCCGUCACAGCUCAGUGCCAGGAUCGCCGGGGGCCAGGACGCCCAGCCAGGGAGUUGGCCCUGGCAGGUCAGCAUACACCGUCUCGGCCGCCACGAGUGUGGGGGCUCCCUGAUCAACCACGAGUGGGUCAUCUCUGCUGCACACUGCUUCCAAAGUUCCUGCACCGCUCCCCUGGCUGUCUAUCUCGGUCGUCUUCGUCAGGUGGGCAGCAUCUCCAACGAGGUACGCCGAAGCAUCCUGGCGAUUGUCCGACACCCUGAUUACGACAGCGUCUCCAAUGACAAUGACGUGGCUCUCGUCCGCUUGAGCUCGCCGGUCCGCUACACGUCCUACAUCAAACCCGUUUGCCUGGCAGCGAGCGCCAGCACGUUCAUCACUGACACCAAAAGCUGGGUCACUGGCUGGGGAUUCGUCCAACAAGGAGUGCCCCUCCCCUCCCCACAGACCUUACAGGAAGUGGAGGUGUUGGUGGUGGGAAACAAACAGUGCAGCUGCUCUUAUGGAGAACUCACAGACAACAUGAUCUGUGCAGGUGUGCCCGCAGGUGGCAAAGACGCUUGCCAGGCUGAUUCAGGAGGGCCCUUGGUGAGCAAACAGGACUCUAUCUGGGUUCUCUCUGGGGUUGUAAGUUUCGGGGAAGGCUGUGGUCGCCCCGGUUACCCCGGUGUUUACACGAGGGUAUCGCGGUACCAGGACUGGAUCACCUCUUUCACUUCAGAAGACCUGCCGGGCUUCGUACAGGCCCAGCACGCCAUCAACCACUACAAACAGGCCUUCCACCACUUUGCUGUCAGACACAACACCCAUAGCCAUAACUACAACCACUACAAACAGGCCUUCCACUACUCCCCUUCCAGUGACAAUGCCCACCACUGUUUCUAUGACAACAACUGCUACAACCAACAUCAGCGGUAUGUCGACAGUACAUUUUAUCCAUUUGGAGAUGAAAGUACUAUGAGCCCUCCACAGCAGAACGACAGUUCCUUACUGAUCUUCCUGGAAGGGACAUUUAAAUACUUUGGCCUUGCUUACAGCCAGAUAUAUCUGAACAACGACGGCUAUCUGACCUUUGAUGGGUCCACACCUCUGGAGCCUCCCAGCAGUUUCCCUGCACACUCCAACAUGGACGUCAUCGCCCCGCUGUGGGCAAACUUAGACAACAGGGUUCGAGGAACCAUCUCUUACCAGCAGGUCACUAAUGGCUCCAUUCUACACCUGGCCACUAGGGACAUAAACGAGUACUUCCCGCACCUCAACUUCUCUGCUUCCUGGGUGUUCAUCGCUUCCUGGGAGAAGGUUGCGUUCUCCUCCCAGCCAGAGUCAGAAGCAUCAUUUCAAGUGAUUUUGGUGUCAGAUGGUGAUUUGUCAUUUGCCCUUAUGAACUAUGCUGACAUAGCAUCUACUAAUGCCCUGUUUGGUUAUGACACAGCUGGAUCCUCCCACUACUUUUCAGUCCCUGUGAAUAGCACAACAGACCUCCGUCACACAAGCAAUGUUGACCACACAGGUCGCUGGGCAUUCCGCACGGAUGAAGGGAACGCACCCAGUGGUCAGAGGUGUGGGCUUCCCACUUACCCUGAGCCCACCCCUGACAAUAGGAUAGUCGGGGGCCAGGACGCCCAACCAGGAAGCUGGCCCUGGCAGGCCAGCAUACACCGCUCUGGCCGCCAUGCCUGUGGAGGGUCCCUCAUAAACAACCAGUGGGUCAUCUCUGUUGCACACUGCUUUCUCAGUUCCUGCACAGCUCAUCUGACUGUUUAUCUCGGUCGUUAUCGCCAAGAAGGCAGCAACCCCAACGAGGUUCGACGAGGUGUCAUGGCAAUCGCCAGACACCCUAAUUAUGACUUCAUUACGUCUAACAAUGACAUAGCGCUCAUUCGACUCAGCUAUCCCGUCCGCUACACGGCCUUCAUUAAACCCGUUUGCCUGGCAGCAAGCGCCAGUGUGUUUAUUACAGGCACAGAGAGCUGGGUCACUGGCUGGGGACACAUCCAAGAAGGAGUGCCCCUCCCCUCCCCACAGACCUUACAGGAAGUGGAGGUGUUGGUGGUGGGAAACAAACAGUGCAGCUGCUCUUAUGGAAAACUCACAGACAACAUGAUCUGUGCAGGUGUGCCCGCAGGUGGCAAAGACGCUUGCCAGGCUGAUUCAGGCGGACCCUUGGUGAGCAGACAGGACUCUAUCUGGGUUCUCUCGGGGAUCAUAAGUUUCGGAAGAGGCUGCGGUCGCCCCGGUUACCCGGGCGUCUACACGAGGGUGUCGCAGUACCAGGAUUGGAUCACCUCCUUCACCUCAGAAGACCUGCCGGGCUUCGUACAGUUUGAUUCUGAGGGACCUGACACAGAUAAUGACUACACCUGUCCCAGCCCAAUACCACCAGGGCCCAGCACGCCAUCAACCACUACAAACAGGCCUUCCACCACUUUGCUGUCAGACACAACACCCAUAGCCAUAACUACAACCUAUACAACAAACAUUAGCACGUCCUCCGCUACUUCACUGCCUACAACUCCCAUAAUUCCAUCCUCAACAAUCAGGCAGAGCACAAUUUCCAAGCAUACAAUGCCUUCCUCAACCCCUGAUGACCAUUCCGUCACUUCUAGCACAUAUCCAUCCACUUCUGCCAUUAUCAAAACCAGCGUCCAAUCCACAACACGUUCCUCAACAGCCACACUGUACACUUCAGACAUGAUCUCAACCUCUAAUGUUGCAUCCACUGCAGUCUCAAAUACAGUGACAUCUGACAGCACACACAGAACUGAAAGCUCUACCAUUGCUACCUCAACAUCUGUUGUUCCUCCUGGAACGGAAGCAUCUGUAACCACAACUGCAGCCACCAGCGAUGCUACGCUAACCACGGCUACUUCGACAUCUGUUACUUCUGUAACGGACGCUUCUGUAACCACAACUGCUGCUACCAGCGAUGCUACGCUAACCACGGCUACUUCGACAUCUGUUACUUAUGUAACGGACGCUUCUGUAACCACAACUGCUGCUACCAGCGAUGCUACGCUAACCACGGCUACUUCGACAUCUGUUACUUCUGUAACGGACGCUUCUGUAACCACAACUGCUGCUACCAGCGAUGCUACGCUAACCACGGCUACUUCGACAUCUGUUACUUAUGUAACGGACGCUUCUGUAACCACAACUGCUGCUACCAGCGAUGCUACGCUAACCACGGCUACUUCGACAUCUGUUACUUCUGUAACAGACGCUGCUGUAACCACAACUGCUGCUACCAGCAAUGCUACGCUAACCACAGCUACUUCGGCAUCUGUUACUUCUGUAACAGACGCUGCUGUAACCACAACUGCUGCUACCAGCAAUGCUACGCUAACCACAGCUACUUCGACAUCUGUUAUCUCUGUAACGGACACUGUUGUAACCACAACUGCUGCUACCAGCGAUGCUACGCUAACCACAGAAACCACACCAAGUCCCAACACAGCCCCUUCACCAGACUCCAGCACCCUCAGGACUACCACACACAGUUCAGCCCCUUCAACAGACUCCAGCACCCUCAGGACUACCACACACAGUUCAGCCCCUUCAACAGACUCCAGCACCCUCAGGACUACCAGUCCCUCCUAUUUUACCUCACACAAUACGGCACCUCCAACAGACUCCAGCACCCUCAGGAUUACUAGUCCCACCCACUUUACCUCACACAAUACGGCACCUCCACCAGACUCCAGCACCCUCAGGAUUACUAGUCCCACCCACUUUACCUCACACAAUACGGCACCUCCACCAGACUCCAGCACCCUCAGGAUUACUAGUCCCUCCCACUUUACCUCACACAAUACGGCACCUCCAACAGACUCCAACACCCUCAAGCCUACCACACACAGUUCAGCCCCUUCACCAGACUCCAGUACCCUCAAGACUACCAGUCCCUCCUAUUUUACCUCUCACACUACGGCACCUCCAACAGACUCCAGCACCCUCAGGAUUACUAGUCCCACCCACUUUACCUCACACAAUACAGCACCUCCACCAGACUCCAGCACCCUCAGGAUUACUAGUCCCACCCACUUUACCUCACACAAUACGGCACCUCCACCAGACUCCAGCACCCUCAGGAUUACUAGUCCCUCCCACUUUACCUCCCACAAUACGGCACCUCCAACAGACUCCAACACCCUCAAGACUACCACACACAGUUCAGCCCCUUCACCAGACUCCAGUACCCUCAAGACUACCAGUCCCUCCUAUUUUACCUCACACAAUACGGCACCUCCAACAGACUCCAGCACCCUCAGGAUUACUAGUCCCACCCACUUUACCUCACACAAUACGGCACCUCCACCAGACUCCAGCACCCUCAGGAUUACUAGUCCCACCCACUUUACCUCACACAAUACGGCACCUCCACCAGACUCCAGCACCCUCAGGAUUACUAGUCCCACCCACUUUACCUCACACAAUACGGCACUUCCACCAGACUCCAGCACCCUCAGGAUUACUAGUCCCUCCCACUUUACCUCACACAAUACGGCACCUCCAACAGACUCCAACACCCUCAAGACUACCACACACAGUUCAGCCCCUUCACCAGACUCCAGUACCCUCAAGACUACCAGUCCCUCCUAUUUUACCUCACACAAUACGGCACCUCCAACAGACUCCAGCACCCUCAGGAUUACUAGUCCCACCCACUUUACCUCACACAGUACAGCACCUCACACUCCGACACCUGUAACUACAUCCAGUACAUUCGCCUCACCCUUUCCCCUAUCUACUACAACACAACCCCUUUCUAAAGUCACAACUGCAGUUUCAGACAGUGUUUCGACUUCGGCAUCUGGAGCCACCAAAUCCGUAACCACUAGUAGCACCUCUACCAUUCUCUUUUCUUCAACAGCACCCACACCCAGGCCAGACACAGGAGAACCAUCCACCAAGCCUACACUCACAACCUCCACCUCUCCUCCGGAAACAUGCGGCCGAGUCUCUGAGCACCUGGGGAGUGAUGGCCUGAAUCAGCGGACGUGGCCGUGGAUGGUCUACCUAAUGAGCCUAGGAAGUAGGAUUAGCAGGCGUAGGUGUGGGGGGGUUCUCCUGACCAAAGAGUACGUCUUGAGCUCAGCAGAGUGCUUUGAAAGAUCAAACCCCAAUGACUGGCUUGCCCUGCUCGAGCUUCAUCAGGACAUUAAUGGCUCUGUUAGCUUUUACACCGUGCGGUGGAUAUCGACUAUCACCUUCAGCGUCCACACAGACGUGCCCAGGGUGGCCCUGCUGCGGCUAAAGAGGCCCGUGCAGCUGAGCGGCCGCCUGCAGCCCCUGUGCCUGGACCUGGAGGACAGGCUGGCCCUGAGCCUCGGGUCCACAUGCUGGGUCACAGCCUGGGAGAAGUCAGAAGGGAGCUUAAAACUGAUCCAAAAGGAAGUACAAGCUAAUUUGAUGGGGUGUGAGAAUGUAUCCUCUCCUCAACUCAUAUGCACACAAGCUCUCAACUUGUCCCAGGCUGCUUUAGGAGGGCCGGUGGUCUGUCAGUCUGGACAGCACUGGUUCCAGGUGGCUCUUAUUCAGUCUCUCAACUCUUCCAGCACCACAUCCACCAUCUUCCCCCGAGUGUCUCUGUACAAGGACUUCCUGCGCAGCAACCUGGGCUGCAUUCCUAGCCCCGUCCCCUGUCCAUCUACCACAACUACAACGACAGCGACAACGGUGGACUCAGGAGCAGCGGAGAGAGUCGCUCAGUCUCUCUUCCUCCUGCUCCCCUCCCUGGUCAUCUCACUCUGUGUGAUGCUGUCAUGAUCUGUCUGUUUUCCCUCCUAUUUCUUAUUUUUUAUUUGUGCCCAAACUUUCCAACAAAAAUGACCAGUAAUCUCUUCGUAAUCUCCAUUGUAAUUAUCCUGAGUUAUGAUGUCUGCAAAAACUUUGAGAAUUUUUGGACUGAUGCUUGUGAAGGUGUUUAUUUUCCUCUGCAAUAAUGAGUAUGUAUGCCCAAAGUGAAUUACGGUUGAAGAAAGGUAUCCUGUGCGGUCAGUGUGUACUCUCUGCAAAUCAGACCGACAGUCGACUUGACUACAAAUGAGUUUUAUGUUCAAAUUGUUGCCAUUGCUAUUUCAUGACAAAAAGUAUAAGCUAAAUGUUUUUUAAAGGAUAAAAUAAAAUAUAAUUUUUGGGGAUGGAAA